GCGAGGGCCCCGAUGGCAAGGGGCCCUGCAAGUCCGACAAGGCGGUGGCCUGCGCGCCCUCCGUCGCCUUCGGCGAGUUCUCCGUGUCGCCGAUCGGCAAGCCCGCCGCCUCGGACGAGCCCGCGGGCGCGCUCGAGACCCAGGCGCCCACCGCGGACCUCCAGCACUCGGCCGGCGGCGAGGCCAUCUCGGCGCAGCCGGGCGACGCGGCCGGCAUGGGGGACUGCCUGACCGCCGCUGCCGCAAACCAGCGAUUGCCCGACGACAGCCCCGUGGGGCGGCACGGCCGGCUCUCCGUGCAGAACGGCACCAUCCGAGGCGAGCGCGGCAGGCCGGUCCGCCUCCGCGGCGUGUCGCUGGACCUCUCGCAGCGGCGCGGGGCGCCCGGCUGGGGCGCGGACGCCGUGCACUGGCUG